CCGGCCAGCGGCUCUCCUUCUUAAAGGCCGGGUUCAAAAAGCGCCUUCUCGCUCGGCAGAUGGAGGCGAGCGCGCUGUCGCGGCGGGACCUGGCGAGGGGGCGGCGGGGCCGCGGCGAGGCGGCGCACAAGGAAAACAUAUUUGAUCGAUCCAGGAUGGCCCCAAAGACUCCCAUUAAGAAUGAACCGGUUGAUUUAUCAAAGCAAAAAGGCUGCACCCCAGAAAGAAAUCCAAUUACACCUGUUAAGCUCGUUGACAGACCGCAGCCUGAUCCCUGGACCCCCACUGCUAACCUGAAGAUGCUUGUUAGUGCUGCUAGCCCUGACAUGAGGGACAGGGAAAAGAAGAAAGAGCUCUUCAGACCCAUAGAAAACAACGAGCAGAGUAACACACCUGAUUCAUUACAGUAUGAUAUGGUAGAUGACAACACGGCUGAUGAAUUUGAAAAGCAGAGGCCCAGCAGAAAACAGAAAAGCUUAGGACUCUUGUGCCAAAAGUUUCUAGCUCGCUAUCCAAGUUAUCCGUUAUCAACGGAAAAAACUACCAUUUCUUUGGAUGAAGUGGCUUCAAUUCUUGGAGUUGAGCGGAGGCGUAUUUAUGAUAUAGUGAACGUCCUGGAGUCAUUACACUUGGUUAGCCAUGUGGCCAAGAACCAAUACUGCUGGCAUGGCCGGCACAACCUCAGUCAAACUCUGAAAGCGCUUCAGGAAGCAGGAGAGCUGCAGUAUGGAGAGCUAAUGGCCUUCUUCCAGCACAAGGAGCAAGACUGGGAAUACAAAUUUGGAGAACGGAAAAAGGAUACUAUUCCAGAAUCUCAAGACAGACCAUUAUUGGACUUUCCAGAACCAGAUUGCACCUCUGCAUCUGCAAGCAGCAGAAAGGACAAGUCAUUGCGGAUUAUGAGCCAAAAGUUUGUCAUGCUGUUCCUUGUCUCCAAGACCAAGAUAGUCACUCUGGACAUUGCGGCAAAGAUACUGAUAGAAGAAACCCAGGAUACAGUGGACCACAGCAAAUUUAAAACAAAGGUACGAAGACUGUAUGAUAUCGCCAAUGUUCUCACCAGCCUAGGCUUAAUCAAGAAAGUUCAUGUCACUGAGGAACGAGGACGCAAACCAGCCUUCAAGUGGAUUGGGCCUGUAGAAUUCACUGGAAAGACUGAUGAGCCAAGAGGGCAUAGCCCAACAUCUGAUCCUCUGCCAGGGAUGCAGAGAGGAGCCUGUACCCCAUAUCAGAUCCAUACUACUGGAAAGCAAAGGUUUACACGUCACUCUUCUUUUAACGUUGCACAGCCUUCUGAGGGGACCAGAAGGAAGGUCAGUUCUGAGCCCAGCAGCCCACAUCAAAAGAGGCAAGCCUGUAUCGUGAAUUCAGAUGAAUAUUGCUCCAAAAUGAUAAAUCUAGCAGCUGUCUGCAGGCAGAAGAUAGCGGAAGAUAAUAGGAAUAGAACUUGUGCUACAAAACCAACAUUAAGUUCAGGAAAGAACCCAGGCGCAAACUCGCCUCUCUCCCUUCUUCCAGUUCCUGGGGACUUUGAUUUUUGUGUUAACACUUUGCCUCAGGCAGUUUUCCCUGUGGUUCAGGCAGAUGUUCCGAGCCUCUCACUGCAAAAUGGAGUCAACAGCCAAACUCUUCAUCCUUCCAUGCCAGCAACCUCCGAAACAGAAAAUGGAAAACCUACCUUGCUCCCCAACCAACCCUUUCUGUGCUUCCCAUCUUCAUCCCUUUUUAUGUUGUGUGGUGGUCUUCAGGAAAAUAACUUGACAGAGACCUUACCCGCCACAGGAGAUGGGGGAAACAAGGGUGCAGAAACUCCAGCUGCCGUACUUCAAGCUGCCUGCCAGAAACGCAGCUCCCGCAAGUGCACAUCACCCGCUGCACCUGCAGAUGAUGAAGAGCCAGCUGCUAAAAAGCAGACCAUGGAACAGAGUGAUGUGCCCCUCUCGCUUGUAGUACCCAAGAAGUCUUUUGAGUCACCCAAGGCAGAAUCUACCCCAGGAAGCGGCUGUACAUCUGCGGUACAGCUAGAAGCUUUUCAUCUUGACCUUGCAAGUCCUGAUGUUCCAGUGGCUGCAGACAAGGAUUCUACUAGGCCUCUAGAUUCUCAGGAGCAAGAAAAAUGGCCUCAGAAUAAAGACCCUGAUGAACCUUCACCAGGAAAAGAGCAUAUCUCUAAAGAAAAUGCCAGUCAACCUUUCCUACCACAGUAUAUCUAUGUUCAGCCUACUGCUGGAUUAAGCAGUUGUAAUUUCCUGUUCUCCGCAAAACAAGCCUCUGGUGCUAUCAGCCUGACUGCGAGCCAGUUACCUUCUCUGAGCGUCCCCUGUGUCAUGGUGCCAUCAGCAGCGCUGGCUUCCUUCCCUCUUGUCUGUUCUCCCACAAUCGCCAGUCCAGUUUCCCCAGUUCCUGAUGGCUCCUUCUCAGCUGCUGCCUCCAUGAAUUUCAGCGUGUCCAGCUUGGCAUCAACAACACCAGUUUUUGUAGGCACGACAGCAGUGGUUACCCCCAAGGUCUCACCCACACCUUCGGUGGAUCACCAGCAGCCAACUCACCCCACUCUCCACCUGAGUCCUGUGCUUGCAAGGUCUUGCACUGCUGUUAAACUGGAUUCCCCCAUGUGUGUGGGGCAUCCAGUGACCCUUCUGAAGCUGCAGCAGCCUUCAUCAACUCCUCUCACUCCUAAGAACAUUCGUUCUGCAUGUCAUGAGGCAUUUUUCAAAACUCCUGGAAGUCUUGGAGACCCUGUUGCAUGGAAGAAAACUGAAGGCACCCAGACCAGAAAUGCCAGCUCAGUGCAGAGGAGACUGGAAAUCUCUAGUACCAGUCCUGACUAACUCCACUCACUGCAAAGGGUGGGCAGAUUGUCCUAGGACCUUGUAUCAAUUAGAAGAGAACAAGCUCUUACCUGACAAGAGGAGCACAUUAAAAUAGCAUUGCUUUUGGUAUGCUUCCCUGCUAUCUGUUCACCCACCGAUCCUGUUAACCACCUUCUUUACAAGUCAUCCUUGGUACUGAAAACCUUUUACUGAAUUGUUCUUUCAGUACUGAUUGGAAUUCAGGUGCUGUGCUUCACACGGCCUUGUGGGCAUCAAAUUGUAUUUGUGUUCAAUUUGGAAAACUCUUUAUUGCUGUGAGGAGAUGCAGAUUUCCUUGGAGUCCCCAGGGGUUCUUUAUUCAUAGUUUAAAGUGAGAUGUCUAGCACUUAUCUGGGGUAAGCAAUUUUAUUUUUGCAUGUACUCUACUUACCCUGAGUAAAUCUGUGGUGAAAAUGAUGAACUCUUUCAGCUGCAAGAACAACUGCUUCCUUGGUUCCAGUCUGUCAAAUCCUGCCUCCGCAGUGCAGCCUCUUGCUAUUUAUUUUCUAUGUUGGAGUGGGAUUUAGUGCAAAAAAGUUUUUUUUCAGCUUCAGAAUAAAAGAUUUUCUCAGGGUAGGCUUACUUGAAUGUCAGUUGGUUGUUGUACAAUUUGCCCAGCACUUGCGGUUAGAAAAACCUAAUAAUAACUUAACACAAUAUGAUUGAAUGUAUACAUGUGAAAAUUACUAAGACCAAAAUAACUGUGAAUGUUAACAUUUUUGUAAUUGCAUUAAUGAACUGUGUUAGUUCUUGGGGUUUUUUUUUCUUUUACUCUGAGCAAAAUGUACAAGUUAGAUGUAAAGAAUACAAAAUCUGAUUCCUUAAAUAAGUUUGACAAAGUAAUUUGAGAGUAGCAAGCCAAUGAGAGGGCUGCAUUUAAAUAUAUAGUGUAGACUUUAUGACCAAGGAACAGUGGUGAGUCAUUAGCCACAUGAUUAGAUUCAUAGAAUCAUAGAAUGGUUUGGGUUGGAAGGGACCUUAAAGAUCAUCUAAUUCUGACCCCCCUGCCAUGGACAGGGACACCUCCCACUAGAUCAGACUACCCAAGACACCAUCCAAGCUGGUCUUGAACACCUCCAGGGAUGGGGCAUCCACAGCUUCCCCAGGCAACUCAUUGUGAGGGUUUUUUUCCUUAUGUCUGGUCUAAAUCUGCCCCUCUUUAAUUUGUAGCCAUUCACCCUCAUCGUAUUACUAUCACUUUGUAAAACGUCCCUCUCCAGCUUUCUUGUAGGCCCCCUUCAGGUAGUUGAAGGCCAUUAUAAGGCCUCCCCGAAGCCUUCUCCAGGCUGAACAGCCCAAACUUCCUCAGGCUGUCCUUAAAGCAGAGGUGUUCCAACCCUGUGAUCAUCUUUGUAGCCUUCCUCUGGACCCAUUCCAACAGUUCCAUAUCUUUCUUAAGUUGAGGAUUCCCGAAUUGGACACAAUACUCCAGGUGGGGUCUCACAAAAGUAGAGUAGAGGGGAAGGAUCACCUCCCUCGACCUGCCGGCCAUGCUUCUUUUGAUGCAGCCCAGGGUACGGUUGGCAUUCUGGACUGCGAGUGUGCAUUGCCAGCUCAUGUCGAAUUUCUGAUCAAUCAGCACCACCAAGUCCUUCUCCAUAAGGCUGCUCUCAAUUACAUCAUCCCCCAUCCUGUAUUGAAGCCACAGAUUGCCCUGACCCAGGUGUAGGACCUUGCACUUGGCCUUGUUGAACUUCAUGAGGUUCACACAGGCCCACUUCUCAGCUUGUCCAAGUCCCUCUGGAAGACAUCCCAUCCUUCCAGUGUGGCAACUGCAUCACUCAGCUUGGUGUCAUCUGCAAACUUGCUGAGGAUGCACUUGAUCUCACUGUCUAUAUCAUUGAUCAAGAUAUUAAACAACACUGAUCCCAGUAUGGACCCCUGAAUGACACCACUUAUCACGGAUCUCCAUCUGGACAUUGAGCCAUUGACCACUAUUCUCUGAAUGUGACAAUUCAACCAAUGUCUUAUCCCCCAAACAGUCUACCCAUCAAAUCCAUACCUCUUCUAUUUAGAGGGAAGGAUGUUGUGGGGAACUGUGUCAAAGGCUUUACAGAAGUCCAGAUAGAUUACAUCCGCUGCUUUUCCCAUGUCUACUGCUGUGGUUACCCCAUCAUAGAAAGCCACUAAGUUGGUCAGGGAGGACUUGCCUCUGGUGAAGCCAUGCUGGCUGCCUCUAAUGGCCUCUCUGUCCUCGAUGUGCUUUACCAUAGCUUCUAGGAGGAUCUGUUCCGUGAUCCUCCCAGGCACAGAGGUGAGUCUGACAGGUGGGUAGUUCCCAGAGUGGUCUUUUCUACCCUUUUUAAAAAUGGGCACAAUGUUACGCUUCUUCCAGUCACCAGAGACUUCUGAUUGCCACGACUUUUCAAAUAUUAUGGAGAGCGGCUUGGCAACCACAUCAGCCAAUUCCUUUAGGACUCUGGGAAGCAUCUCAUCAGGUCUGAUAGACUUAUAUGUUCAGGUUCCUCAGGUCCUCCUCUGCUGUGGGAGGGGCUAUGCCUUCUUUGGGUCCCCUUGUCCAUUGACCCAGGAAGGGUGAGAAGAGCUGUUGUUGGUGAAGACUGAGGCAAAAAAGUUAAGUACCUCAGCCUUCUCGCCUGUAGAUAUGAAGUCACCAUUUUCAUUCAUCAGUUGAGGUACGCUUUCUUUAACCUUCCUUUUCGGAUUGAUGUACCUAUAGAAGCCCUUCAUGUUAGUCUUCACUUCCCUUGCCAAGUUCAGCUCCAGCUGUGCCUUGGCCUUCCUGACCCCAUCCCUGCACAACUGAGUAGAGUCCUUGUACUCUUCCCAGGUUCCCUGUCCUUACUUGCACCGCCUGUGCGGUUCCCUCUUGGUCUUCAGUUUCACCAGCAGAUCUCAACUCAGCCGUGCUGGAUCUUGACUUAGCCACAGUGAGUCAGUAUAACCUAAGUCUAGUUAAGUGUCUGCUUAGUGGUUUACUGGUGGUUUACUGGUCUGGUUCAGUCUGCUUAAGUGCCUACUUAGUGGUUUACUUAAGGGAUAUGUACUUAAGUGCCUAGUUUUUCACUUACAGGAAUGUCAUAACUAGUUAAUAGUGCAUUUGAGUGUACUUGAAAGACAAGGGAGGUCUUCUAUUUUGGCUCCUAUCUAUCUAAACUGUAAAAAGAAACUGGAAAGAGCAGGGGUCAUGAAUUUUGGAAGUGGGGAAAAAAAUUGUCUUUAUUCCUUAGGAGGAGAAAAAGAGGAAGAAAAGCCUCAACAGUUAGUAUUCAGAGUCCUCAAAUAAUGUAUGGUGCUAUUAAUACUAUAGGACAGAAUUUUAUGAUUUGGUGCUCUUAUGCUUGGGUAUGUUUUCACUGGGGCAGCAAUCUCCAGUUAAAUUUGUGCAGUUUUCCGUUUAAAAGAUAGCAAAGUGUUACUGUUGACAUCAGGUCAUUAUGGAUUUUUAGCAAACAUAAGCCUGGCGUUAUCAGCUUUUCUCUCAUUGGUACUAGUACUGGUUUUCCAAGGGUAGAUACACUGCUGGAUGUGCUACUUCAUUGGUCAAGGGAGGCUAGGACUUUGGAAGUCGGGGAUUUGGUGAGGCUUUUUAUUUUUGUAAGGAAAUGUAUUAUGAAAAUGGAGGUUUAAGAAAGAAUUUUAGUGAAGCUGGGAGUUUGAGUAACAUGGCCUUAUCUUAAAAUAGACCAAUAACAGCCUUACAAGGAGGGCUGGUUAGCCCUCAGUGAAAGAAAAUCUGUAGAAUUAUAGGAAGUUUCAGGGGUGGUAAAGUGGAAUCUCCAGACCGCUAAAUUUCAAGGUUGUUUGGUUUUUUUUUUAAUUACACUACAGUUGUGAAAGUUUACAAUUUUUACUUCUGAAUCAUUUCUUCUUGUAUACCCAUUUAAAUUUAUUUCACUUUGAAGAGCGAUGUGUCUUAUUGGCACGGUGCUGCCCCUGCAUUUCUGCUAGUGUGCAUUUGUUGCUCUUGGGCUGGAAACAGGAUGGUAGGGUUCAGGAUGACAUGGCGGAUGUUGAUUCUCCACACCUUGUCUUUUCUCUCUCCCAUGAGUACAGUGCAGCCUUUUAGUGAAAUGGCAGCUGGGAGCAGAGAGGAGGUUCGGAGCUAACAUUGGCUCUUACCUCCAGCCGAAGCAUCAUUGCAAAAAUUGCCUUACUUUGUCGGUAAUGUUAUUUUGUGCCAUAACUAACCUAACUAUACUUGAAAAUGCAGGGACUGAAAGUGGAUCUUCAGUUUUCCAAUAUCUGCUUCCAGUUGUGAGUUUCCGUAAAUAAAGCGGGUCUGGAAACGAGGAUCAACUCCCUCGCAAUCAAAGCUGUUUGAUGGGUUGUAAUUGUGAAAGUAGAUUUGGGCCUGGGAGAGGAAGGGAGUCGAUUUUGUCUUGUUUUUGGCAGUGCAAAAUUCUCACUAAAAAAGGAGCGGGACCACCAAAGCAGUCCUGCAGCAAAGGGGUCAGCUCUGCUUGCAGUACCUGAGCUGCUGAACUAAACUGGUGAGGAGGAAGGGUUGGUUGUCAAGAGGGAAUGGGUUUAUUUUUCCUUUUUGCCUUCACUGAAAGCUAAGAAGUAAAAUAAACUAGGAACAACUCAUCAGCACAGUAGCUUUCGUAAAGCAGAAUUUAUAUUUGCACUGAGGCAAAGUGCAUACCCAGGAUGUUCUGCAGGGUUUGUGAAACCUCUCUGUCCCAAGACAGUUGCUGAGGAGGGUGAGUGUGUAACUUAUACUUGAAUCUACCUGCCACGUUUACAUUUCUGAUUGUCUUUUGUAAAUUGGUGCUAUCUCUGUAUUUAAAAAGCUGUAUUUUUAAUGUAAAGCUGCUUCCCGUUUGUAUCUUUGCACUGCUAGUUUAAUAUAGGUAUUAAUUUUAUUACUGUUUAUAACUGUUCUUCAGUGAUUAGAUGACCUGCUUUUCCUGCUCUCUAGCCAUCUUUUUAGCUGUCUGCAUAUAGCUUUACUCCAAUCACAAUGUUGUGUUGAAUUUAUUUUUUAAUACUAUCUUUUAGCAAAAUAAUAAACUUUUACAGUUUAAAAAUGGAAUUAAAACCAAGGCUGAGCCUGUGAUUUUAGUGUGGAGGAAACCCUU